AUGCCCGUGCAAUCCCUUGUGGCCUUCGCAGAGGUGAGGGAGAGCGUGAACAUCGACCACCUGAAGCGGCACUACUUUACCAGCCACCCCAAGCUGAACACCUACUCUGUCAUACCGGUGGGCGGGGAGGCCUGGUGGGAGCAGCCUCACGACAGGGAGCGCUUCUCCUCUAGUGCCUGA